GUAUUUUGCACAGAGGAUGCACGAACGUAAACAUCAGCAGGAGAGUCCGGAUUCCGACUGUAACAGUAACCACAAACUUAGCCAUGUACCAUGCUUCACCACGGGCAGUACUUAUGGGAGCAUCACGUCUUCCCAGGACUUCACCCACGACAACUCGGAUUACCAGUGGUUUUUGGACUACGGGUACCGAGAACCAGGAAAUCACCAGCAUCCAGUGAGUGUACUGUCGUCUCUAGCGAAUUCGUAUACUGGCAUCGAUAGUUUGGGAUACUACGAUGUCAUCUCCAAAAAUUUGGACGCCAAUUUGGCCGAAGCUGAUAUGGAGAGCUUUCGCACAGAGGACAUACACUCACUGCUCACUCACAUGCCCACCAUGUGCUCGGAUAUGCAAAUGCAACAGGAGCCGGAGAGAAGAGGAGAAAUGUUUGCCAGUAUUACCGGAUCAACCCUGGAUAAAAUAGACUUGGAUGUUUCUAUAGGCGCCAGAAGUAUUUCACAGUGCGAUGAUCUUUCGGCAUCGGUACGAGAUAACAUGUCCAUCACCAAGUCGGAGCUUCUGUUCUCGCCCGUCAAAGAGACACCGAUACUGGACGUCAACUUCAGCGUCGAUUCCCUGGACAUGCUUUCCGAGCAGGAUCUGAUAUUGACGUGCCAGGCCAAUAAGAACAACUACACCAUCGCAUUUGAAGGCAGCAUGACCAUGUAUUCGGAGGAGAGCGAAUAUUCCGAAUUGGAAAAAAAAUUCGGUGAAGAAACAGAACGUGAGCAAGACAACAAAUUCUGUAUGCUCCUCAAUGGGUUCGGAAUUGGGCUACACCACCUGAGUCAACUGAAGAAGCGAUCCAGUGAGAUGCUGCUUUUGAGACAUCACAAUAUGUCUUGUGACGAUACGUCAUUGGGAAAUAAUCAUAGCAUGAUAAAUGUACAUAAAAGUCGGAGUAUGCCAAAUUUAACUGAGGGCGGUUGCAGUUCCAUUGUGAGGAAGCGUUCGCGAAGAAAUAUAGCCAAGGCUAGGAACUUAUUCUUAAAUUCAAAAUUGCCACUACACACUCGCGAUUCAAAGUUAUUCAACGCUUCUGGAUCACUUUCUUCCGACAUGGGCGGUUCGAAUAAUACAACGGGAGGCGGACAAAAUGUCUUGAACAAACCGAAUCAUUAUUUUAAUCUGGUUCAAUUGUUUAUGAAACAGAGGAGCAUCAGCAACGAACGCAUGAGCAUCUGCAUGGACCAAUCUUCAGAAUGUUGGGGAGCGAGCAAUUCAGAAGGCGACAGCGGCGAAUCCUAUGCCAAUGAGAAUGCUUACAGGCAGAAUUCACCAGAUGUUAAAAUUUUAAAUACCAAUAAUAGAUUGAUCUCGAUCCAAAACAAUACCAACAAUGUAGGAGAUACAGAACUGAAAACUUUGAGCAAGAAUACGGCGGUGAAAUCAAUUUUCAACGAGAAUAAUCUAACUCAAACCAAUUGUAAAGAAUCCAAACACUUGUUUAAUGUGAAUAAUAACAAUAGUUUCGAGCACAUAGUUUGUAAUAAUCAUAAAAACCGUUUUGGGAGAUUGUACAAUGCGAGUGGCAGUGUUUCCUCCAACGGCAGUGUUAGUGUGUUGAGCUGCAGCUCAUCAGAAGGUACGCAGAAUACCAAAAUUCCCCAAAUCAACUGUUUGUCGAAAAUUACAAAUAGGACCCAUUGUCAAGCAGCGGCGGCCAUAGAUUGUAGUGUACAAACUUCUUUUCUAGCGAAUUCGUUACGUAGACAUUGUGAUAAAUCUAGUCAAAUAAGUGAUUUUAUGAAAGUGAUUGAGCCAUCGUUCUUGUCUAAACUCAAAAACAACGAUAAGCAGAUACCCAUAUACGUAAUUUAUCCAAAUUACACGUUGCCGAACUUGAACUUUUUGCAUACAAACAGUGAUUGCAGCAAAAUGCUGCUAUACCCGUUGAAAUACAAAAAGUUCAGUCAGGCUGACAAAAAUGUAAGUUUUGCACACCGUCGGCCACUAUCUUGCAAUGAUGUUGAAGCUCUUCGUAAAACAGGCUUUGGACAUAUAAGAGAUUGGGAUUCCCUAACCAUGCUCUUGCCUUGUGAAUACCGGAAAAUUUUAGUUGACAUCCCGGAAUUAUCAGAACACAUGAAGGACAAAAAAGAAGAUUUUCUAAAGGCUGAAGAAAAACCAUUGUUUUGUGUAUCACCCCCUGCAAGGCACAAACAGAGGCCUUUGAGCUGCGAUGGAAAUGUUUUAACGGGAAAUCACAUUACAAAUGUAUCUUCUAGUUCUAGUACAGCUACUCAACCUUCAUCUGGAUACAGAGGAUCAUCCACUAUCUUAACAGAUUCAUCUUCACAAAAUAGUCCUUCCUGUAACACUAAUGUCAACCCAUCAUUUGCUUAUCACUAUGAUAAUUCUAGCACCGAAGCAAUGCACGAGCAUCACAGACAUAUAUCAGGGAUACAUGAAAACAUGCCUGAUAUAUCAGAAGCUUCUCCUCCCAGGCCACCUUUACCAAGGGGCCUAAACCGCACUUCUAGUAAUACCAAAUACCCAUCAAUAAUUCAAAAAAGAUUUAGUGCUUGUGACGUUAUACCGGACAAUAUAGAAUGCAGCAAUAUGGAUAAGGCGUCCAAAAGAAUUUCAUUGGAUGAUCCAUACCAGCUGCUGAAACAGUAUCAAGAAAAUACCAAAGAAUCCAAAUGCAAUAACUCAAUAAUCACCAAUGCGAGGAGACAGAAAAAGUAUGCUGAAAGUCUCAAUUAUCUGCAAUACCUCGCAAUGAACAAUAAAAAUGAGUGCUACAAAGAUGAUUCAGUGGAACUGAAAACUAAUAAUGCUGAAAACGAUCUGAAUAAUUUAACCAAGAAAACGUUUGCUCAUUUGAAAUCGAAUGAUUUAACUGUGAAUCAAAUUAAAGGCAGUCAUCUUGAAACGCCUCCCAAUUCACCAAAUGUUUCUGCAAUUGUUAAUCGCUUAUCUUAUGCUAAGAAUGGACGUGCCAUGAGUAGUAAUAAGGACAUAAAUGCACCAGCCGAUAAUCAAUCAGAAAAACCAUUAUCAGGAAUCAACAAAAAGCUUGUGUUAGUGUCAACUGUGACAAAUGCAGUGGAAAAAAUAAUACAACAUUUUUCAACUGCUACAAAUGAAACCGAGUUGAAAGUUUUGGGUGAUUCUUCCCUUACACCAGCCUGCAGAAAUUUAAUUCUCCUAACAUUUUGUCCAGCUUUGUUUGCAUUGUUUUCUGAUGGACUGAAACCUAAUAUUGAAACUUCUUUUGGAAAUGUGAGCAAUACCGUUUGGCAUGUUGUGGAGGCAUCUGCACAAUUAGGUCCAGUAACACAAUCUUUGAGUGAGCUUGUUAUGGCAAUAAAUGUUAGUGGCAUCACGGACAUUCUGGAUAAAUUUAAUGCCUUCAUUUUUGGAUUGUUAAAUGUGCACUCACUGGAUGGAUGGGUAGCCUACAUCAAGACUCGCGAAUCUGUGUUAAAGAAGCAUUAUUCAGAACAUUCUUUCAUGUUAUUAGACUCCGCUGGUGGAAAUUCUCAUCGAUCAUUAUUUGACACCUUAUUGGCAUCAUUAGAACCAUUAUCUAUCCUACCAUUCACCUACAAGCUUUGGUCCAUAAUACAAAUAGAAUGA